UGUUCCACAGCACAUGUCGAAGCCAUAUAGUCAGAUCCCAACAAUGUCAACACACAAAGACAUGUCUUUUGCAUAAUUUGUCCCUACUAGAUUAAAUCCGGACCUGUUUCUUUUCAAUGAUUUUGUAUGAAUCACACCACUUCUUCUUAUUCUUCUUCUUCACUUUAGACUGACAGAACUAAGUAGCUGUCCAUGUAAACAUGUCAGCCUUGGUAACACAACUGAAGCCUCACAAGCUGUUUACGUGACACCAAACAGAGAGUGACGUUGGCGUCUGUGUUCCAUUUGAAAAAGAUGAAAAAUAAUAAAUAGAUCCAAAUGAUUUUGCUUAUCAACACAGUUUCAAGUUGCCAGGUUUGGAAAUACUUUGAGCCACUAGAGAAAGCAGUGAUAUUAGAGAAAUGUGAAUAUUUGGCUGCACACAGGCGAGCAAGAAAGAGUUAUGUUGCCAGAUUGGAGGAGGGCUGCCAGCCUGCUGUGUACAGUUAUACACUUUGGGUAUUGAUGUUACCGCUAGAAGGAGGUUAUUUGAUGCAUGAUGGCGGAGGUAAGGUUUCAUUGACGCAGCGUGAAUUCGCCAGGUCGGAGAAACAGAUGGAGCAAUCAGGUGGAGUGAGGGGAACAUAAAGCGGGUGACUUGAUUUUCAAGAGGGCAGAGAGAGUUACGGUUGCUGGGUCGAGGCGAGUUUGGUGAGCUGAAGUAAAAACAUCAUUCUGUUGCCACUUCAAAUACUAUCAGCUGCAGAAGGGGGUUAUUUCCUUCAGGAGGCCCGAUGCCAGAAGGCAUUCACAGAGUGGGGAGUUGGUUAGAUUGUUGUAAGUUUGACCUCAGAGAUAUUUGCCAUCAAAUAUUUGAGAAAAAUGGAUAACAAGGAACAGAAAAGGGGUUAUUUGGAGCAUUUUGCCAGGUUAGAUUAUUAUCAGUUUGCACAAAAAGACAUAUAGACAAAAGAGGAAGACACAAACAGACAGGGAGCGGAGUGUCUGUUUUGCCACUUCAGGUUCUGUUAAAUUCAGAGGAGGGUUACUGGGCAUCAGCACUGUAAAGUUGCCCAGAUGGAUCUGUGUAGAGGCUCAGAAAUGGAAUAAAAAAGUGAUAUGAAAAUCCCUAUCUACGAUUGCUUUUUCUAUGUUGCCAAGUUACAAGUUUACUAGUAGACUUGGAAAGCCAAGUGUGUUCCAUCCGCAGCUAGAGAGAGACAGAAGGUUAACUGCCACAAUUCAAAAUCUAGAAUGAGCUUGGAAAAAAAUCAUUCAUCUGAUUGAACAUAUGGUCACUGGAGCCCGACAGACACUGGAUUUUUGAGGCCUGCAUAUUGACAUUUAGUUUAAUAAAAAUAUUUUCUGCAUGUAUCCAUAACAUUAACAUUUUUCAUUGGACUUUAGCAUGUUCGGUUCCUGUAACUCUUUAGCAGACACUUCCAGGUUAGCUUUAUAAGCUCAAAAGAACCAUCAAGACCAUUGAAAGGUGCUCUUUGUGAUUAGGACAGUCAGACCAUUUCACUGAUUUAUUUAGAUUUCACUUCUCAUUUCACUCUAAAAUGAUUCCGAGUAUCACAAAUAGUAUUCCAGUCUUUACAGAUUAAUGCUGUACACCGUUCAAACACACAGAACAUCACCUUCAAUUUGAAUGAAGAUUUACAAAGAUACCAAAUAUGUCCGGUUAAGAGUCUUGAGUUAAAAUGUUUCAGUGUGAACAUCAGAAUAGAAGUGUUACUUUCUCACAGAGUGGAAUACAUUUAUUUUACCCUUUGACCAACAUGUACCGAGCGUGACUUUUCACGUUUUUGAAUGAACUUGUCAGUGCUCUCUGUUGGACAAACUAAUUCAUGGAGACACUAAACAUAUCUGUGGCUCAUCUGUAUACUCUCAUGUUACUCAUCAACCAACAUAUGCACUGACCAGCUAAAAAGACCAAUAAUGAAUGUCAGGCCGAUGAGUUGAUCUGUCCGUCACCUAUUUAUCUACCUGUAUCCCUUUGUGAUAACAUGUGUGAGUGCAUGUGCUAGAUGAGCAGGAUGAAAGAUGUCAGUGUGUCUAAGGUUGUGGUUAAACUUCACUUUGCAACAGAUUUCACUGGUUCAAAAUAAAAGCUUUUAAAUGACAAACUAACUCGGGACAUUUGUUGUGAGAAAUUUAUAGGAAAAUGUGUCAAUCAACGAAUUAGCUACUAGCUUUGUUAGCAGCUAUUCUACAAUAGAGCAAGUCUACUACUACUGCUUGGAGGAAGAGUAAGCAGCGAAAGUGACAGAACACUUUUAUUGUGAAGAUUUUAUAGGAAAUGAAAUGAAAUUAAAUUAUCCACCUUUUACAGCCGCUCCUUCGACCACGAAAUAUAUCCAGUCAUUAUCCGAUCAGGCAGGUCGGUGUGGAGACACAGCUGAGUUACAAUUUGGUGAAUCCAAUCCCAAAAGUUACAUCGUGUAACCAUGUCGUGAGACUCAACUGAAGCCGAAAGUUUCUUCACGACGUUCAAUAUGAGGUGUUACAAAGUUCCCCAUGUGGAUCUUAUUCCUUUACAUCCCAUUUAAUAUUUCGGGCAUUAAACAAUUGUUGCGUAAGUUAGUAUGAACUAUAAUUUAACUACUUUCAGAAUUUGGAGCAGCUACUGGAAGCAAGUGUAGUGAUCAGAGACUGUGUGUUCACUGUGAGAAGAGCUCCGUAGUGGAAAUGAAAGUCAGCACCAGCAGAAGGCAAUUUCCGUUUCCAUUGUAGUUUAUAAAAUGUCUGCCUGAGCCAAAGCUCUGCAUGCUCAACACCUCAACACUUUGAAACAGAAAAGACUGCCGCUUCACACGAGACACCUCCCAUCCUUCAUAUCUGAUAAUGUGUGGCUUCCAACCAAGAAGGCUGGACAACGGCCAGAAGAAGCAGCUUCCAUCAGGAGCAGAUCCAUGGCUGCCGCAGUGGGGAAACUUUCGCAUCACUGACUUUUGCAAGUGGACAAACCCUGCUGCCAUAUCCCAUUUAGAAAUGUAAAAACAUUACCUGUUGCAUUUUAUCACAGUCAGACAAAUAGCCGAAUGCAUUGGGAAAACAUUUAGAAGUAAAUGGAAAGUAAAAAAUGAGCUAAUUUCCACAAUGCAUUAAAGCUAUCACCAGCAAGACAAAGCUUCCUGUCAUAUCUGUGGUUUCUGAACCUCUUCUUCGAUUGGUUUCUUACCGUUCUGUCUAUGUGCUGAAGAUCAGCAAAGUACUGAUGCCAAAAUCUGACACUUCCCACUGAAGUUUCUGAUAGCUGAAACUUUUUCUUUCUUGCUUUCACACUCUGUAGUAGCUGCAGGAAAUAUCUUGAUGUGACAGUGCGCUUGCUGCUUCUGGCAAAGUAGCCACGGGAAACAGAAAAAAAAUCCUCACAACUGUGCAGACUCAGGAAUGCAAAUUACAAAGCCGAUUGCUGUUUUUAUUGGAGUUUUAGAGCGGGUAUUUUCUUUAAUGGCCGCAGAGUCUCGAGGGAGCAGCAGAAAAUGGGGACAGUGGACAAAGCAGAAUGUGGAGCCUAGUUCAGAGUUGCCAAGCUGGCCUGAUUUGAGUCGGGACAGCAGAAGGAGGACUGCCAGCAUCAUUCUGCGGAAGUGCUGACAGUUCCCAACCAGAAAAUGUGCUUAGAAACCCAGACAAUUUCCCGCAGUCACCUAUUUAGUCUUUUCCAAUUCAGUCUCAAUGGAUCUUUUUAUAACUGUGGCAACACAGUUUAGGAAGUGCCAAACUCAUCCCCCGCAUGUCUCUGUGGGAGACUGAAUGUUGAGUCUCUCAGUGGGGAUGAAUGAAGGCUGGACUCACACUGGCAUUUGGUGAUGUUGAGGCAAAGUAGAAAAAGUCGAGGCGAGUGAGAGGGACACACCAUCUGUCGGUGAUUGUAAAACUCCCAAAGGUUUCCAGCUUGUCUCUGUUGGCUCCUCAGUGUUUUUACCAUCAGAGGUAACAGUCAUGUAGAGCCUCGACAGCCGUCAGACAAGGUCAACUUUUUACCUGCAAAUUGUGUGCAAUCAGCAGGGAAGUGCGACCGGCGAGGCUGCCGGGUGUCGCCAGCACCUCCAGCAGUGCACCGCUGGAGGGUGAACCAGUCGGCCCUGUCAAUUCUAAUACAGUCUGCUGCUCACUUUUCACAUGAAACAAAAACCUCUGAUUGACACGAUUCGUUGUAAUAGGCUCAACAUACUGUUAUUAGGGAACUUUUGGGGGCAUCAAUAUUAUUUAUAUGUAAAACUGGGUAUCGGAACUUAAUGCCUUUAAGGGAUCGGCCGAAAUAAGCCAGUACCAGCUUCUCAAGUGAUAGGUAGCUGCAAUCAAUACUUCUUGUGCUCACAUCUAGAAAAUAAAUGACCAUCUGAAUAGUUUUCCUUGCAGACAAUCACCACAAGCGCUCUCCGAUGCGACUUGUGAUUGGCCGACUACCGCAAUAGUUACACCGCAUGCAGCUGGGAAUGCCUGCCUGCACACCGCUCUGGACACAGAGAUGUUUGUGCCGGUGACUAGCAAGUAAUGGUGCUAACAGCGCUAACAAGGGCAACAGUGCUUACAGAGCCUAGGGGGUGGGCCUUAUGCUUCCCCCGGCUACACUGUGGGUCAGGGGACGACAUUAUCAGCUGUAUGAGCGCUCUGCAGUGCGGCGAAUGCAGUAGUCUGUUGGUAUCGAUAUCACCUAAACAGUACUGGCAUCGUAAUUUAUUGACCCAGCUCUAUUUAAAUGUUACUUUUACCUUUGGUGAUCAACUGGGCUGCAUGUCAUUGAUCUUCACUCACACGGACUGAUUGUUCAUGACAUAUCUGUCUUUCUGUCAGUUUACCAACAAUGACUGACAAUUCUUUGUGAAGGAGCACUGGACAAAGUCACAGAUCAAAGGCAAUUAUUUGUUUACGUUUAUAAAAUUCCGAAUGCAAUCCAGAAUCUUAUUACCAAACUAGUACUUUCGCCUCUAUUGUGAAAUGGUACAAAUUUGUCCUUAUGUUGGAUUUAUUUAAAAUAUUUUCUGUUAAACCAUCUAACAGAGAAAAGAGAUCUGAACCCAUGAUCACCUGUGCUUAUCUCAGCUCAUCAAUCUGUAUCUAAAACUAAAACAUUAUCAGACUUUGGUUCCUCUCUGAUUAAACUUCCUCUUAGAAAAUCAGAAACAAAUCAACAAUUUCACAGCGGCAUUGACUGGUAACAGAUGUCUUCCAUCUGUGCGGAUAAUUUCCAAGAACAAAACUGAAAGUAGAUUUGCAAACCAGAGAGCAAACUAUCUGUGUUCAUGCGACCUUAUGUCCCCUGAUCUUUCAUGGCAUGCCUCCAAUUACCGCUAAAAACAAUAAUUUCAUUAAUCAAGCUGUUGGAACAACUGGCAGUUAACACAGUGACCAUUUAGAUAAUUGAUUAAUUUUCUUUUUUUUAGCUGAAGCUAAUUAACAUAACUUGAGGCUAUAAUUAAGCUUUUUUGCUGUUGUCUGGUUGACAUUCCCAUGUUUUAUACUCUACCAACUCUGGUGACUCUUCCACAGAGAGCCCCUCACUGCGCCACGUCAAAUUAUCCCCAGUUAUGCUUAUCAAAUUAAGUCAUGGUUUUGCUCUGGGAUCUCCAGUAUUUUCGGCAAGUAGCUGGUGAAAAAAUAAGGUGUGAAAUUAAAUAAGACACUGUUGUCCUGACUGCAUGAUUUAGAUUAGUCAUUUAGGAGUUUUCAGUAACCUCUACUUGUUACUUGUAAAUGUUGUGAGCUAAAGUUAAUUAGAUUUAAUAAGCAGAUUCAAUACUGGAUUCAGAUUUAAUAAAAAGCUAUGAAACUUCAGGCCGACCCCCAAAGAGCGGGAGGCAGGUUUGAAUCAGUCAGCAUCCAUAGUGUUGAUAAAAUAACUGAGUGUUGCUCCUUAGCUUGCACAGCACAGAGCAAAGUACCCUUCCACCCCACUUUGUUUGAUUUAAAGUGGGUAGAAGGUGUAGACAUUAGCCUUUAAAUAAUGACAUUAUGUAGUGGUACUCCUGUCUGGUCUCACUGCUGUGGUCUGUCAGGCCGGUUUAUCAAAGAACACUCACUUGUAUUUCUCUCAGGAUCUGCUUUUCAGUAAAACAUCAGUUGUGAGCUGCUGAAGUUUAAUGGCUGCAGCUUGACACUGAUUGAUGAAUGGGCAGCGGCUGCUAAACUCUGAGCUCUGUCACUCUGUCACUGAUACGCCACAGAGAGGAAUGGUGCCUCUUUUUUACCCACAAUGCUUUCUUUCUUUAAGUCAGUCUAAUUUUCUUUCUGUCUUUCUUCUUUUAUCUCAGUCUGUCCCUGUCCUCUCUUCUCUUCCCAGCGACGGACAUUUUUUGCUCAUUUAAGGAAUGAGAGGCCGCUCUGCCGUCCUCUCACUGCAUCUGUCCACUCGUCUUCGUCCCUUCCUUCUCCCCCUCUCUGUCCUCUUAACCUCUCCUCACCGCUCAUCCAUUUCUCUCGGUCUCUCUGUGCAGGGAAUCUUGGCAGACUUUGACAGACGGCUGACUGAGCCAAUGACAUACUUCGAGGACUUUUAAAGCAGGGUCCUCUGGUCAAACCUGCAUGGGCGUGAGCACGACGAGUAUGUGCACGUGAACCCGGAUGAACGCCAUCACCGUUUCGUGCCCCGUGAGAAGAGGACGGCCCCCUUCCCUGAUAGAGAGGCUGUUGCAGAUCAAAUCCGGUCAUCACAACACAUCUGGACUUGGUCCUGAUCGGCUCCGCCUGACAAAGAAAAACUGAAACCUUCUGAAUCAGGAGAGCAGCCAUGGACGUCGUCUCCUCGCUGGUCCGCCCGCUCCUCCUCCUCCUCCUCCUCUUCGUCCUCCUGUCCUCCCUCCCCUCCGGCGGCUACUCAAUGCUGUGUCCGAAGCGGUGCACCUGCCAGAACCUGCUGCCGUCCUACACCGUGCUGUGUGCCAAGACGGGCCUCCUCUUCGUCCCGCCCAAUAUCGACCGCCAGACGGCCGAGCUCAGGCUGAUGGACAACUUCAUCACAACGCUGAGGCACCGCGACUUCGCCAACAUGUCCAGUCUGAUCCACCUGACCCUGAGCAGAAACACCAUCAGUCAGAUCAAGCCGUACGCCUUCGCUGACCUCCAGGACCUCCACGCUCUCCACCUGGACGCCAACCGCCUCACCGCCCUAGACGACUCCCACUUCCAGGGCCUGGUGAACCUGCGGCACCUCAUCCUGGCCAACAACCAGCUGCACAGCAUAUCAGAGGGAGCCUUUCAGGACUUCCUGGAGACUCUGGAGGACUUGGAUUUGAGCUACAAUAACCUGGUGGACAUCUCCUGGGACACCAUCUCCAUGCUGGUCAGCGUCAACACCCUCAGCCUCGACCAUAACCUCAUCGAGAACGUCCCAGAGGGAAUCUUCUCCAACCUGCACAAACUGGCCAGACUGGACAUGACAUCCAACAAGCUGAAGAAGAUUCCUCCAGACCCGCUGUUCCUGCGGAUCCCGGUGUACGCGAAGAUGAAGGGCUCUCCUCUCACAGCGCUGGUGUUGAGUUUCGGUGGGAACCCCCUGCACUGUAACUGCGAGCUGGUCUGGCUUCGCAGACUCACCAGAGAGGACGACCUGGAGACCUGCGCUUCACCCAAAGACCUGGCCGGCAAAUACUUCUGGACCAUUAAAGAGGAGGAGUUUGUUUGCGAGCCACCGAUGAUAACUCGCCACACGUCCAAGAUGUUUGUGAUGGAGGGUCAGGAGGUCAGCUUGCGCUGCAAGUCCAUCGGGGAUCCGGAGCCGUCCACGCAUUGGGUCAGUCCUGAAGGAAAGCUGAUCGGCAACACGUCCAGAACCGUCUGCUACGAGAACGGCUCGCUGGACAUCCUCAAGGCCUCGGUGAAGGAUUCUGGAAAGUUCACAUGCAUAGCGUCCAACGCAGCCGGGGAGGCCACUGCUCCUGUUGAGUUGGUCGUCAACCCCUCGCCACACUUUGACCCAAAACUGGACCCCGACCCGGGGCCUUCGGACAUCCCCACAUCCAUCAAGUCCAACGCGAGCGGCGGUCAGGCACGGUCUGAUCAGCAGAGGGUCAGUGUAUCAGAUCUAUCGUCCAGCUCUGCCACCAUCAGAUGGCCCCCACAGAACCACAUACCAGGAGUCCGCAUGUACCAGAUCCAGUACAACAGCUCCUCAGAUGACAUCCUCAUUUACAGGAUGAUCCCAGCCAACCACAAGUACUUCCUGCUGAGUGACCUGGCGUCAUCGCGGGACUACGAGCUGUGUGUUCUGGCCGUCUAUGAUGACGGCAUCACCGCCCUGACGGGCACCAAGCUGGUGGGCUGCGUGUCCUUCUCCACGGAGACGGAGUACGGACGCUGUCACUCGAUACGAGACCAGUUCCUGGGAGGUACCAUGAUCAUCAUCAUCGGGGGAAUCAUUGUCGCCUCUGUCCUCGUCUUCAUCUUCAUCCUCCUGAUGAAGUACAAGCUCCACAGUAACCAUUACAAGCAGAAAGCCGCCGCGCGCCACGCCAACGUCUGCUCCCAGACCAACGGAGGAGGGGGAGGUGGAGCCAAUGUCCUGCCUCCGUCGUCCUCCUCUGCAGGGCAGGGUGGAGGUGCUAAUAAAAACUCCCAACCGUCAUCGUCAACGGAGGGGAUAGGAGGAGCUUCUCUUCGAGGGACGACUGUAGUAGACUUAAAUCCCACCCACGACGAUGAUGCCAUCUCCCAAUAACACACAAGAAACUGUCAAUCAAACCACAACUCACCAAUCUCUGAGCCCAAACCAAUACUCCACCUCCCGCCCCUUUCUUUUUUUUUAAAUUUGUUUUGUUGCUGGUGCCUGGAGCCAAACUCCACUUAACGCCGAGGAGCGACUCCUGUCAUUGAUCCUUACAGUCAGCUUCACAGUGCUGGAGGGAGAGGAGGCAGUAGAGGUGCCCCUGUGGGUUGCAUGGUCACAUCCUUCUAAUGAGCCCCGAUGUUCAGGUAUUCCACCCAGACACACAUGCCCAACCCCUGACACCACCUCAGAACCAGAUGUGAUGUGAUACGAAGAUCCAGCGGGCAUCCAGAGGAGGAGAAACAGCCUUCCUGUUGGCAGAAGAAAGGUCUGCUCCCCGUGGGAUACAGGUCUGGCUCUGGGCUUUGAACCCUGCUUAUGAUCGGUGCUUAACUGGAGCUUGAAACCUUGGAUCGGAGGAGUCGGGAGUGAACAUGGUCGGGGAUCUCUUCUUCUUUUUUGAAGGAAGUAUCCGAUGAUCUGACAGGGCUCUUAAGGGUGUCGCGUGGAUUUUUUGGCGUCUGCAUUUGACAGUUAGAAUCCAUGCCAACACUCAAUGCUGCUCUGAGAAUACACUGAAUGGAUUACUGGAUUACAGAAAACCCCUUUUAUGACAUUUUUUCCAGGAUCUCCUCGAUUGUGGUUUGUCGAUGGUUUGGUGGCACUGCUCCUCUCUUUUCCCCAGCAUACAGUCAUAUGCCAAAGGAUUACUACAGUAUUAUGACAGCAUUAUAACAAAACCGGGAGAAUAUACAGACUUCCAAAAGCACACCUCUCUAUUAUCUCUUGGCAGUCAAAGAGAAAAUCCAUGUUGGGCCUUGGAUUGAAAAUACGAGCACAUCGUCAAACGUCUUGUCUCAAAGCAUCAAUAACAACCAACUGUCAAAUUAAACGGUGAACUUCUCUGGCACUUUAAUUGUAUGUCUUCACCUUCUCUCUCUCUCUCUCUCUCUCUUAUUUUCAUGAACAACUGAAUAGUAUACUCUCCAGUAUUACCAAUCGAACUCUUCUGGCUGCGAAUGACUUAGAUAAUGUUGAAAUAAUCAGUGUGUUUGCAUCCAUGGUGGAUUGGUUCUCUCUGUGUUGGAGUAUUAAAAAAGAAAACCUGAGACCGGAGCCUUGAGGAACUCCUGCGAGGAUUUAUUCACAGCCAAACUUAAAGCACUGACGUCCAGGCCUCUACAUUUAAUGGUGAAUCCUGAUUUUCAGUUUGACACUGGAAAGCAACUGUACCUGUAAGAAACACUGGUGAACCUCCUAUCACUGAAAGCUGGCGCUCGAGUUAAAUGUAUUAAGCGUUUUUAAAAGAUGGCCAGCAGAACUUGCGCUGUCCCGUCCACUCCCUCCCCCCUUUGCUCCCCCUUUGCCGUUUGCCAGUGUCUGUGUUUGUAUGUGACAUACACCUUACAGUCUUCGAUGGUUUGAUACCCAUGAUUUACUUUGAAUAUUAUGAAACAAAUGACCACAAUAAGGAGAAAAAAACACAACAACAUGCAAAAUGGGGAUUUUAUGCUUUCAUAGAUACACUUAUGUGGAUUUAUAAUGAAAUAAAAAGGUAUUUUUCUUGGAAAAA